AUGGACAAGGCCGUGCCAACAGCACUGCCUGAUCGGCCUCCCAACGGCGAGGGGCAGAGGAGGUCUCCCGACUUCCAUCCGAGCCUUUGGGGUGAUUUCUUUCUCAACUAUGAGCCGCCGUCUAAAUCACAGCACGCAUGCAUGAAAUUAAGGGCUGAGAUGUUGAGAGAAGAAGUUAGAACCAUAAUAAAGAGUUCAAAGGAAGUACCAAAAAUAUUGGACCUUAUAUUGGCAAUACAACGGUUGGGACUGGAUAUCUACUACAAGAAUGAGAUUAAUGACCUGUUGCACUUUGUUUAUAGCUCUGAUUACAACGACAAAGACCUGAAUUUAGUUUCACUUCGCUUUUAUCUUCUGCGGAAGAAUGGCUACAAUAUAUCAUCCGGUGUUUUUCUAUGUUUUAAAGAUAACGAAGGGAAUUUCGCUGUUGAUGACACAAGAAGUCUGUUGAGCUUAUAUAAUGCAGCAGCACUUAGGGUUCAUGGAGAGAGAGUGCUGGAUGAGGCUGCAACUUUCAGUAUUAAUCGCCUUAAGCGUGUGUUCGAACCAUCAGGCUCAAUGUUAUCAAUGGAAGUAUUAUUAGCCAUUGAAGAACCAAUAUUCCGUAGGGCACGGAUUGUAGAAAUGAGAAACUAUAUUCCUAUUUAUGAAAUUGAUGCUACAAGAAAUGAGACCAUACUGGAGUUUGCAAAACUCAAUUUCAACCUCCUUCAACUUCUUUAUUGCGGGGAAUUAAAUAACAUCACAUUGUGGUGGAAGGAGCUUAAAUCCAAAUCAAACUUGAGUUUUUCUAGAGAUAGGAUAGUGGAAAUGUAUUUUUGGAUGAAUGGAGCACUAUAUGAACCUCAUUACUCUCACUCCCGGAUUAUACUUACAAGGGUCACAGCAAUAAUGACGAUAAUAGAUGAUAUCUUUGACACAUAUGGUACAACAGGAGAGAGUAUGCUACUUGCUGAAGCAAUUAAUAGGUCAUUCUCGUGGGAUGAAAGUGCAAUUGGACUACUCCCAGAGUACAUUAAGGGGUUCUACGCAUAUUUAUUGAAUACAUUUGAUUCAUUUGAGGAAGAGCUUGGACAUGAGAAGAGAUACCGUGUAUCUUAUCUAAAAGAACUGCUAAAACAGUUAGUUCAAGCCUACACCAAGGAGCUAAAAUGGCGUGAUGACAACUAUAUGCCAAAAACACUGGAUGAACAUUUUGAGGUUUCAAUGAGAAGUAGUGGUGGCUUUACAUUAGCAGGUGCUUCAUUUGUCGGAAUGGAUGAUAUAGAAACCAAAGACAUUCUUGAAUGGCUUUUGAGUUACCCAUCACUUUUCAAGUCAUUUGAUAGAUUUGUGCGGCUCUCCAAUGAUAUUGUAUCAAAUAAGCGUGAGCAAACCGGAGAUCACUAUGCCUCUACAAUUCAAUGCUACAUGAAGGAGCAUGGAACAACAAUUGAUGACACCUGCCGAAAGUUAAAAGAACUCAUCGAGGACUCUUGGAAGGACAUGAUAGAACAUUGCACUAACCCAACUUAUGAGCAACCAUUGAUCGUGCCUCAGACAGUAGUGAACUUCGCAAGAACAGUGACCACCAUGUAUAGGCAUGGUGAUGCAUUCACUUCUUCACACACAAUCAAGGAAAUGAUAGCAUCACUCUAUGUGGUGCCAAUACAGGAUGGAAAGGUAUGGGGCAUACAGAAAAUAGACAAUAAAGAUAAUCUUAGGUAG